AUGGAAUGGCCAGCGAAUGGUGUUAAAUUGCUGGCCUCCUGCACGCUGGGUUUUGUGCGGAGGCCACUCAAAGCUUCAGCCAACGCACAAGCCUGUUGUAUCACAAACGAAAACACGGGCCAGAAGCCCUACAAGUGUGAUCUCUGUGCUGCAGGGUUCAGCUAUGGAACAAUGGUGUCGUAUCACAAGCGAAAACAUGCGGAAUUCGGAGCGAGCACAAAGCUGUGGGUUCAUAAGCGUACACACAUGGGUGAAAGGCCAUACAAGUACGAUCUCUGUCUUAAGCAAUUCAGCCAGAACAAAAGCCCGGUGUGCCGCAAACGAAUACACAUGGGUUCUACGUCUUCAGAUGCACAGUUCAAGAUCUGCACAGCACCAUUUGAGCCACAAUUCAAAAACACUGCACAAAUCACUAUGAACAGUCUACCCACAGAGCAACCAUCAGAUCAGACUGAGACUCAACAGGGAGACAAAUUGUACAAGUGCGACGUUUGUCCAGUUACGUGCAUUGACGUUGGUCACUUGGAAGUUGACCCGAAAACUCAAAAAACAAAGACAUUUACCUGCAACACAUGUUCCGCAAUGGUCUGUCGUGCGUCGACUCUGCGAGUGCAUGCACACCAUCACUCAGGAGAAGGGAGCUCUUACAAGUGCAGCCUCUACCCUGCACAGGUCAGCCGCAGUAUCUAUCCGCGGCGUAACAAGCGCGCACACAUGGGCAAGAAGCGCUACAAGUGCGAUCUCUGUCCUGCAGAGUUUAGCCACCACACGAGCCUCUGGAAUCACAAGCAAACCCACACAGGCACGCGGUACAAAUGCGAACUUUGUCCCGCAGAGUUCAGCCGAAGCGCAAACCUGUCGUGUCACAAGCGAAAACACAUGGGCGAGAAGCCUUACAAGUGUGACCUCUGUCCUGCAGCCUUCACCCAAGGAGCAGUGCUGCUGUAUCACAAGCGACUGCACACAGGCGAGAAGCCCUUCAAGUGCGAUGUCUGUCCUGCAGAGUUCGUCCGAAGCACAAACCUCUCGUGCCACAGGCGAAAACAUACGGGCGAGAAGCGAUACAAGUGCGAUUUCUGUCCUAAAGAAUUCGGCAAUAGCACAACUCUGUCACGUCACAGGCGAGAAGCCCUUCAAGUGCGAUCUCUGUCCUUCCGAGCUUACCCGUAA